GUUCGCUCCCCCUAGCGGCAGAUCCCGCCGCCUUGGAGCGUCACAGCGCCGGUGUCCGUCCCCCUGUCAGAGUGAAAGUUGUCUCCGCCUGGUGAAGCGGGGGUUCGGGGCUCGCUAGUUUCUACCACCGCUGCUUCUCACGCGUUCUCCGGAGAAAUGAGGCGGAAAGAGAAGAGGCUGCUGCAGUUCGCCGGGCUGCUCAUAGCUGCUCUUCUUUUCCUCCCUAACGUCGGGCUGUGGUCUCUGUACCGGGAUCAUGUGUUCGACAACUCCCCCGAAUCAGUGGAGGGUCCGGGCGGCAUCCCCCAGAUACAGGGAGUGAACCGGUUGGGGAAGGACACUCCGGUGGGACGUGAUGGCGUGAGAAGGAUAGACUGGCACGACCAAGAAGCAAUCAAAAAAGACGCCGCCCGAUCAGGUAAUGGUGAACAGGGUAAGCCGUUCCCUCUGACAGACGCUGACCGGGUCGACCAGGCCUACAGGGAGAACGGCUUCAACAUCUUCGUCAGUGACCGGAUCUCCCUUAACCGCUCUGUCCCUGACAUCAGACAUCCAAACUGCAAACAGAAGCUGUAUGCAGACAAGCUUCCCAACACCAGCAUCAUCAUCCCGUUCCACGAGGGCUGGUCGUCUCUGCUGAGGACGGUUCACAGCGUGCUCAACCGCUCUCCUCCACAGCUCAUCGCAGAGAUCAUCCUGGUCGAUGACUUCAGCGACAAAGAGCACCUAAAGGUGGCGCUGGAGGAGUACAUGACGCGGCUGCCAAAGGUCCGUAUCCUGAGGACCAAGAAGAGGGAGGGUCUGAUCAGGACUCGCCUGCUGGGAGCUGGAGCUGCCAAAGGAGAGGUCAUCACCUUCCUGGACUCCCACUGUGAGUCCAACGUCAACUGGCUGCCUCCACUGCUGGACCGGAUCGCCACGAACAGGAAGACCAUCGUGUGUCCGAUGAUCGAUGUGAUCGACCACGACAACUUUGGCUACGAGACGCAGGCAGGAGAUGCCAUGAGAGGAGCGUUCGACUGGGAGAUGUACUACAAACGGAUCCCCAUCCCCACAGAGCUGCAGAAGGACGACCCCAGUGAACCCUUUGAGUCCCCAGUGAUGGCAGGCGGACUGUUUGCCGUGGACAGGAAGUGGUUCUGGGAGCUGGGAGGAUACGACACGGGUCUGGAGAUCUGGGGAGGAGAACAGUACGAGAUCUCCUUCAAGGUGUGGAUGUGCGGUGGUCGGAUGGAGGACAUCCCUUGCUCCAGGGUAGGACACAUCUACAGGAAGUACGUCCCCUACAAAGUUCCUGGUGGGGUCAGCUUGGCCCGGAACCUGAAGCGAGUGGCAGAGGUGUGGAUGGAUGAGUACGCCGAAUACAUCUACCAACGACGACCCGAGUACCGCCACCUAUCAGCUGGAGACAUGACGGUCCAGAAGGAGCUGAGGAGCAAUCUGAACUGUAAGAACUUCAAGUGGUUCAUGAGCGAGGUGGCCUGGGAUCUGCCCAAACACUACCCGCCUGUGGAGCCUCCUGCUGCAGCCUGGGGAGAGAUUCGUAACGUGGGCAGCGGCAUGUGUAUGGAGAGUAAACACUUCGUGUCAGGGAGUCCCAUGCGCCUGGAGAGCUGUUCGAAGGGGCGGGCAGAGGUCAGCUGGAGUCACGGUCAGGUUUUCACAUUCGGCUGGAGAGAGGACGUCCGGGUGGGCGACCCCAUGCACACUAAAAAAGUCUGUUUUGAUGCCAUCUCCCACAACAGCCCCGUCACCCUGUACGACUGUCAUGGCAUGAAGGGGAACCAGCUGUGGCGCUACAGAAAGGAUAAAAGUCUGUUUCACCCGGUCAGUCACAGCUGUAUUGACUGCAACCCGGCUGAAAAGCGAGUCUUCAUGAACACCUGUGACCCGUCCUCCCCCACCCAGCAGUGGCUCUUUGAGAAGACUAAUGCCACCGUGCUGGAGCACUUCAACCAGGGCGCCAACUGAGGCCCUGCAGCAUCCACAGAGAGACUCCUGAUGCACGUAGACGUGGAUCUGCUGCUGCUGCUGCUGCUGCUUGAAAAUGUGUUUUUAGAUUGACUCUGGUUCCCUGUCUACCUGGCGCUGAGGUGACAGCUGAUUCUCUUCGGGGUGCUCAGAGUGAGGCAGCGUGGGAUACCGCGGGGGACAGUGGUUGAACACAUGAGUUGGAGGGAAGUUGAGCUCUGAUUGAUGGGUGUUUGUUGAAAGGUGAUGUGGUGUGUGAGACGUAGUUGUGGCGGUGAGUCUUUCUCACUUCCUGAUUUUGCUGUUGAUUGGCUCUCUGACAUUCCUCUCCUCUCUUUACUUGUUUUGUUUGCCUAUUUCAAGUUCUCUCUGCCUUUAUUUAUUGCCUUUCUCUCCCUCCUCUGUCCUACCUUUAUCCUCCUCCUCCACGGCUUUCCCCCCCUCCUGCCUCGCCUGCUCCGCCUCUGCCGGCACGUCUGUCUCUAUCUGCCUGCAUGACUGCAUCUUUGCCCACCUUCUCCAUCCUCCCUCUCAAAUCCCCUUAUGUCUCUCCAGCUCUGACAACCUCCCUAGGGGAGGGGAGGGGGGGCUCCUGCUGAGCCAAAGUCAUGCUGACACCUGGGUGAAGCCAGGCAGAACCACUCUGAAAAUCACCUGCUGAAUUGAUUCUCCUCUUUUCCCCUUAUCCACCCUCUGCUCCCUCUCGUGUUCUCUCCCCUCUCGGCCUGUAGAUUCCCUCUGCGGCCGAGAUGUGCAUUACUGCUUUAUCUGAAGCAGGUAGAAGCUGACAAAGAAUGAGCCCCUCCCUCCUUUUCUCCCGAUAUGUACUUAUUUGCUGCAUUUAUCGAGGAGCAUCGUCAAACAUGAGGAAUCUGUGCAGGCCAACUCUAGCUGGCAAAGGGCUUGCAUGUUUUUGUAUGUGCCGGCUGCUGUCACACCUUUUAAGCCACGUUUCCACCAAAAGCAUCCAGGACUUAAAGGUUCCUGCUGCCCAUUGUUGUCCAUGUUUUAACCAUGGUCUACAGACCCUUGAAGAUCAGGCAGGUCAGUCUCCUGACGAGAGAAAAAGGAGCACCUGUGCUCCACAAUCAGAAAUGUUACUGCUGCAAAGCCCAACCCUUGAAGUCCUUGUACUGUACCAAAGUACCAGGAAACAGGGAACUUUGAGUCCCUAUUAUAUAAGUUAAAAUCCCUUUUAGAAUAGACUUGAUUGGGAACCUUUACCCCUUGAUAGAAACCCACUGAGUAGUUUUAAAAGUCCCUUACUGCAAGGGGACUUCCCUGUGGUGGAAACCCCAUCCUGAAUUAUCUUGCUCCUUGGUACCAAAAGUACCAACAAGUUUUAAUCCCAGAGAUUAAAAGGUUCCUCCUGUGUGCUGUCUGCCUUUGUACCCUGGUCUGUAUACUCAAGGAAACUAGGUUGUGAAAGAGUCAUCUAAAUGUUACCCUGCCAAUCAGAAAAGCCCUGCAAGGCCCCACCCAAAGUUCCUGUACUUUUAUAAAGUACUACCUUUAGACCAGGGGUCUGUGCAGGUGAAACAAAGUCCCUGGGAACUCUUUUAAACCCUGGUUCUUGAAGUGGAAACCCUUUGGGUUCCUUAACAAGUCCCUGGUCCCUGUGGUGGAAACGCAGCUCUAUUAGAACACCUCCCUGCUAUCUGUCCCGCUCCCCGCCUCACUCCCUCGAUCAGUCGCUGGAACGACCUCGUCACAGCUAACCAAGCACAGGGUCGCGUCGCGGCUCAGAGCGUCGGGGAAGGACCGACAGCCGAUGCCUGCUUUCCUGCUUUCUUGCCUGGCUGGAUGACUGGCUGUGUGAGUGGCAUGCCAGCUGAUUUGCAGCAGGGCCGCCUGAUUGGCCGGCUGCCGAGCUUACACAUCACUUUAGCGUACAGUGAGAGCAGGAGGAGAGACGGAUGGGGGAAUUAAUGUGGAUGUAGCUCUUUGGGUUGGAGACAAAUGUGGGGGUUAUAAUGCAUUAAGCACUUGUGUAAUGAUAAACUUGAAUGAAAUCUUAGUGCCUUGUUCGAAGAGGACUAGAUGUGGGUGUGUGUGAGUGUGUGUGUCCAUAGUGUCUAUGUCAGCGUCCAUGCCGGAUGAGACCUUUCUUAUGAAACGUGAGAAAGAGUUGAACCUCGUUUGAAACUUGAAUUGACCUCCACUCUGCUGCAGGACCUUGAACGCACCACUGGUUCCUCUUACAGGUGUGACUGCUGGCUGUGAAUAGAGCUAAACAGACGAAUGUUUCCCUCCUGCCUUGAAAAGUUCUCUCUGAAAAGAUCUUUGUUCUGUUUGAAUCAUGACGUGAUGCUGUUUUGUUUUUAUCCCACUUGUGCAAUCCAAAGUUCUUCUAUGGGAAUUAUUGUUAUUUUGACCGACUGUUUGAAUCCCUUUUUGUUUUCUGUGUUGAUGAAAUGUUUAAUCUUUUGAUGGUUUUGGUGGAGCUCAUGUUCAACAUGAUGUUCUGGGAUCCUUUGGUGUAUCACCUUCAUCCACUCUCUUUCUGAAUCAGAGCAAUGUACAGUGUGUUUUUAUUUCAUCAUCACUUCAUGAUAAGUUUUUAAGGGUUAUUGUUGUGUUUUUAAACAUGGGCUUUUUUUUUUCCUUUACAUAUUUUGGUAUCUUAAUGACUAAGUGCAAAUAAUAUGGGAGUUUCUCCAGCAGAUGUAAGAAGGACUGUAAUGGAGGCAUUUCCCAAACUGUCUUUACCUUUUACAAUCUGUAAUCAUGAUACCUGGAUAUAAAGAUACCCAGAAUCCCCUUUAAUAGUCAGCAGUACAACAAACCAAAAGUCAAAUCCUCAAAAAACAACACAAACACUGUUAGAGAUCCAUUAAAGUCACUGUGAGGAGUUUUUAUCUGAUGUUUGAAUAGAUUCACUCUGAUGCCUCUUCAUGACCUACAAAGUAAAAAGAGAUUAUCAGCAA